UCCUCAUUGAGAAGUCACAUUCUUUUCUUCUUAUCAUGGCUUUCAAGCUAGUAGUGCUGAUGUGCGUGUUGGCCGCCGCACAGGCGGGCCUCGUGGCCCCCGCAGCCUACGCCGCGCACCCGGCUCCGGUCGCAUAUGCAGCUGCACCCGUGGUGCAUGCCGCUCCGACUGCACCGCUCGUGCACGCCGCCCCAGUAGCAUACGCCGCACCCGUCGCGAAACUCGCCGCUGUCGCCCCUGUCGCAAAGGUCGCUGUUGAAGAGUAUGACCCACAUCCUCAAUACAGCUUUGCGUAUGAUGUCCAAGAUGGACUUACUGGUGAUUCUAAAACUCAACACGAGACACGCGAUGGCGAUGUUGUCCAAGGCUCCUAUUCCGUUGUUGACCCUGACGGUACCAAGCGCACAGUUGAGUACACGGCUGAUCCUCACAAUGGUUUCAACGCCGUUGUGCACAAGGAGCCGGUGGCAGUGAAAGUAGCGGCAGUUGCUCCUGUUGCUAAGGUCGCUGCUCCCGUGGCAUAUGCUGCUGCCCCUCUAGUUCGCGCCGCCCCUGUAGUUCAGUCUGCCCCAGUGGUGCAUGCUGCUCCUGUAUUACACGCUGCUCCUGUAGCUAAAUUGGCUGCUCCAGUGGCUUAUUCUGCUCCACUUAUCCACCACUGAAAUAUUGGAUCACUUGACUAGUCAUUAAAAUGUAAACAAGUAUUAAUUUAUUUUUAUAUGAUAUACACAUGAAUUGA